UUUAAUGCUCUAGACGCCACAAGCUUCAAAUUUUACUGAGGAGAAAAAGAGGCAUGUUUGCGACCCGAGGGUGACUGCAGAACAAUUAAGUUAAGCAUUUAGGAAAAAUUGUGUAAAAACCGUGCGAUUGGUGAAAACGAAAACGAGUGGGGCACAGUGUGUUUCUACGGAAACGCUUGAAUGGAAGGAAAACUCCAAGCAAAAGGACAUUUUCAAGUUUCAUACCCAAGUGCCAAACUGCCUUUGAUUCUCUCUAGCUUCAAACCUGACGCGCUAAAAGUGUAGCAGCAAAGCUCCAUUUUCCCAUUCCUGGUGUCGGUUGUAAUCUACCGUCGCUAAUCAUUUUCCAUAUUUGUGCUGUGUUAGCGUGUUGUGUCUUUGUACCGCGGCUGCUGUUGGAUAGUUGGAAAAGAAGUGGAUUAAGGCAUACGUCGAUUGUAUCACCACACGCAUUGUGCACGCUGUGCCCGGUAUAAUUUUGCACACGCCAGUCAGGAAGGGAAUUAACGCGUGUAAUCACCACACUGUCUCGACGGUUCGUUUAGCGCCAGCCAGUACGCCAGUGUGCCGAGAACGCAGAACCUUAAAGUACCACCAGAACGCUUAGUGUACCAUUUCUUCCCAGCGGCGGGGUAUGAAAACGCGCAAAAAUCAAUAAUCAAACCACCCUUUGGAAUAGGCAGCAGCGUGCUUCGUGUGACCGUGUAUGUAUGCGUGUGCGUGUGUGUGCGGUUUUUGCCUUAUUGACUUGCCACCCAGCAGUUAAACGCGGUAACGUUGUGAAAUUAAUAGUUCCAUGCCAGAGAGCCUUAUUGUCAGUAGCAAGCCAGGCAGGGUCAAGGAGUAGUGGCCACAGUAAGUGCAAAGCGGAUACACCCUAGCAAGCGCACCGGAAUGUCACCAACAUCGGCCGAAAAGCCAUUCGUUGCUAAAGGAAACGAAGGCACCACCGUCAAGGCACCGGCGACGCUGGAUCCAAGCGUGCCGAAGAAAAUUAUCAGCGCUAUACCGAAGCAAAGACAACAAUUGCUCAAAUGGAACGGUUGGGGCUACAAGGACUCGCGCUUUCUCUAUCAGGAUGGAACGAUCGUUUUCACUGGCGAUAGGUAUCCGAUCGGGGGAAAUGUUUCGCUGGCACCCUUCCGCGACUAUGUGAUCGAUAACUUUAACGUAGAUCUUUCCGAUCGGCGGGAAGGUGUUCCAGUACCGAACGAAUUUCCCGCGCCGGUGCCUUGCCCGGAGUUCCUGCAAGAGGUACGGCGGCGCGGUAUCGAUUGUACGCAGAACGGGGAAGAUCGGUUGAUCCGGUGUCAUGGGCAAACGCUGCACGACGUACACAUGAUGCGCACGGGCACGUUCAAACGCAUCCCGGACGUGGUACUGUUUCCAACGUCGCACGAGCAGGUAGAGCAGAUCGUUCACGCCGCCAACAGGUACGGCGUGGUGCUUAUACCGUACGGUGGUGGCACUUCCGUGUCCGGUUCGGUUACCUGCCCGGAAGGUGAAACGCGCCCCAUUGCAGCGCUCGAUACAUCCCAGAUGAAUCGGAUGCUGUGGAUCGAUCGGCAGAACCUGGUGGCCUGCUUUGAGGCGGGAAUCGUUGGGCAGGACCUCGAGCGGGAAUUGCGUCAGCUCGGGUUCACCGUCGGCCACGAACCGGACAGUUACGAGUUUUCCACGCUCGGCGGUUGGGUGGCGACCCGGGCCUCCGGCAUGAAGAAGAACGUGUACGGCAACAUCGAGGAUCUGUUGGUGCGUGUGAAAAUGGUAACCAGCAAGGGUGUGCUGGAACGCAGCUUAGCAGUACCGCGUGUAUCCUGUGGGCCCGAUUUCAACCAUCUCGUGCUCGGUUCGGAAGGAACGUUAGGCGUCGUGACGGAGGUGGUGAUUAAGAUACGGCCCCUGCCACAGGUGAAGCGGUACGGUUCGCUCGUCUUUCCCGACUUCGGUUCCGGCGUGCGGUGUUUGCGUGAGGUGGCCCGGGAACGACUACAACCGGCAAGCAUACGACUCAUCGAUAACGAGCAGUUUGUGUUCGGCCAGGCGCUCAAAAUCCCGGGCGGACCACUGGCGACGGUCGCCGAAAAGCUGAAGAAGGUGUAUCUAACGCGCGUGAAACGGUUGCAGCUCGAUCGUAUCGCAAUCGCGACACUACUGUUCGAGGGCCCCGAUGACCAGGUGAAGCAAAACGAGUCAAAGAUCUUCGCCAUCGCCAAACGACACGGCGGUUUCUCGGCCGGUAGCAGCAACGGUGAAAAGGGUUACAUUCUCACCUUCGUCAUCGCGUACAUCAGGGACCUGGCCUUGGACUACAGUAUCGUGGCCGAAUCGUUUGAAACCUCCGUGUCGUGGGAUCGCUGCGAAACACUUUGUACCAACGUCAAAAGCUGCGUCCGAAAGGAAUGUGCCAAACACAACAUUCAACACUACCUCAUCUCGUGCCGGGUGACACAAACGUACGACGCCGGUGCAUGUGUGUACUUUUACUUCGGCUUUAACCAUGUCGGCUUCACAAACCCGGUUACCAUCUAUGAGGAAAUCGAGAACAAGGCUCGCGACGAAAUUCUUGCAUCCGGUGGUUCCAUCUCGCACCAUCACGGCGUCGGGAAGAUCCGAUCCCGCUGGUACCCACAGAGCGUGUCUGACGUGGGCGUACAGCUGUACAAAGCCACCAAGCGGGAGCUGGAUCCAAACAACAUCUUUGCUGCGGGAAAUCUCAUCCCGGACGAACUGCGCGACGAUCCCAAACCCACCAGCCUGAAGGCGAAACUGUAAGCACACACACAGACGCGCGCGCGCACAACGCCAGGCCCGGUCAGGAUGUCGUAUUUUGUCGCUAGUUUUAUAUAAAGCCGCUUCACCGAACACGUUUAACAUGCAUGAUAAUAAUAGCAACACGAACCAACAAAGCAAAGCAGAUAUCUGUUCCACCGCUUCACGGGCAGAAGUGGUCUUGCGUAUGAGCGGCCAUUGUCGUUGGCCACGAUCACUUCCGUCCCAUCGCCGGAAGCAUGUGUUCGUCGCUUUCGUUACGUUGCGUUACGAGCGAAGGGUCAAAUUCCCGGGUUUUUAUCCUCACCCAGAUUAUGGACGAAGCGCAGCAAUGGAUUGUCGUCAUACGGUCGGUUCCACGAAGCAGAAUCUAGUUAACAAACAUUCCACGCCAAACCCUCCCGUAGCAAUUUUGCUGAAACUAGCAAUUAUGAUUUCUCUGUUUAGUGGUGUUUUGUUCUGCUUAUGUGUUUUUUUUUAUAAAGCUGAUAGUAUGAAUUUAAUGGUGCAACAGGUAGAUUAUAGUACGAAUUGAUGUGUGAAUACUUUCGUUUAGCGCAAUUUUCCAUGUAUUAUGCGGAAACGGGUUUUUCAUGAAGAAAGUUUACUAUGAGUUGCGAAUUGAAAAAAACAAUAAAAUCUUAU